UAUCUCUUAUUCUUACAAUUCUCUUUUCCUCUUUUCAUUCUUCAAUUUAUACAAUCAUACUCCCCAGGCCCCAGCCAGAUUAAUCUCAAGUUAUUUAAAGAAAAUGGCAGAAGGUGAUGAUAUUCAGCCACUUGUGUGUGAUAAUGGAACUGGAAUGGUGAAGGCGGGAUUUGCUGGAGAUGAUGCUCCAAGGGCUGUGUUUCCGAGCAUUGUUGGGCGGCCUCGUCACACGGGUGUGAUGGUUGGUAUGGGGCAGAAAGAUGCGUAUGUCGGGGACGAAGCGCAAUCCAAGCGUGGUAUCCUAUCUCUCAAGUAUCCGAUUGAGCACGGUAUCGUGAACAAUUGGGAUGACAUGGAGAAAAUCUGGCAUCACACGUUUUAUAACGAGCUCCGUGUGGCUCCAGAAGAGCACCCCAUUCUGCUCACCGAAGCGCCUCUUAACCCUAAGGCUAACCGUGAGAAGAUGACCCAAAUCAUGUUCGAGACGUUCAAUGCCCCUGCAAUGUAUGUCGCCAUCCAGGCUGUUCUUUCCCUUUAUGCCAGCGGUCGUACAACCGGUAUUGUCUUGGACUCGGGAGAUGGUGUGAGUCACACUGUCCCGAUCUAUGAAGGAUACGCUCUCCCACACGCUAUCCUUCGUCUCAAUUUAGCUGGUCGGGACCUCACCGAUUACCUGAUGAAAAUCUUAACCGAGCGUGGCUACUCGUUCACGACCUCAGCAGAGCGAGAAAUCGUGAGGGACAUGAAGGAGAAGCUCUCGUACAUUGCACUCGACUAUGAACAGGAACUGGAGUCAUCCAAGACCAGUUCUUCAGUCGAGAAGCCCUACGAGCUACCUGAUGGGCAAGUGCUGACUAUAGGCGGAGAGCGUUUCCGCUGCCCGGAAGUCCUUUUCCAGCCUUCGAUGAUCGGGAUGGAAGCUGCUGGCAUUCACGAGACCACAUACAACUCGAUCAUGAAGUGCGACGUGGACAUCAGGAAGGAUUUGUAUGGCAACAUUGUCCUCAGUGGCGGCACCACCAUGUUCACCGGGAUCGCUGACAGGAUGAGCAAGGAAAUCACUGCACUGGCACCGAGCAGCAUGAAGAUUAAGGUUGUCGCCCCGCCUGAGAGGAAGUACAGCGUCUGGAUUGGAGGCUCCAUUUUAGCGUCCCUCAGUACUUUCCAGCAGAUGUGGAUUGCAAAGGCAGAGUAUGAUGAGUCUGGUCCUUCCAUUGUGCACAGGAAAUGCUUCUAAUUCUUCUUCACAAUUUGGGUUCCAGCAAUAACUACUACAAAUUUAUUUAUUUAUUUAUUUAUUUAUUUUUGGGAAUUUUUCUUUCUGUUUUUUGUCAAUUUUUCUUCACAACAUUUUCUUCCUGUUCUCCAUUUCAGUUGUAGAAUGGAAGACAGUUUAAUGUUGUGUUUCAUAAUAAGGGAAUAAAUGCAACUUUUCUUUUCUUCAA